AGGAUGCCUAAUGCUCCCCAUUUCUCACAAACUCCCACUUCUACAAGCACAAUCUUCCCUUUCCAUACACAUCAACCAUGGAAGAAGCGGUAUGCUUCAAGUGUAACUACGCCUUCAUCUCAUACAGGGCCCUUGAGGUCCACUUGAUGAGCUGCGAUGCCCCCUUUGAGCCGCUCAGAUCUUCCCCUUGGGCUUUCAUUCCUCCGCCAGCCUCAUACGCUUCAGCAAAGGGGCCACGGUCUCGCCAUCCAGGCUCCCAGAAGCGCUGGUACCAGUCCCAGAUAACUCGGAGGUCCUCCUUGGGUGAACAGCCAGCCACGGCCGCCCGGCCCGAAACCACAACCCCUUCUCCUCCGACCGCGAGUCGGAAAGAUGCAGCAGGAAGGCGACGAAACCAUCUUGUUACAAGCAACAACACCAAUGGAGCAACAUGCACCAAAUGCGGUAUAUCAUUCCCAGACUCGAGGACUCUGGGCGAGCAUUUCAUCGAGUCUGAGGCUCAUCGCUACGCCGCGGCGGCACCGAGCAGCAUCUGGGAGGGGCCUGCGUACAAAUACAAGGCUAAGUCAACAGCGGGAGGAAACCGACCGCUUCCUUCAAGUCGCACGACGAAGCCUUUUUCCAGCACGCCGAGGAGCGGAGAGACAGGGAAGUCAAGUGUGACGUGUGACUGUGGGAAGACGUUCCAGACCAACUCGGCCAUGACACAGCAUAGAAAGGACUCGAUGAGACACAAAGAGGGAGCAGAUGACGGAAAGGGGGUGGGAAGACAACAUACAGACGCGGGAUUUCCAAGAACGUCAAAUGGUCAGGUCGUGGGUUAUGAUGGGGUCGACGACAUUACUUCCGCCUUGUCUAAGCUUUCCGCCGCCUGAAGAUUGUUGUGAUUUCUUGUGUGUGACGGGUCUUGCUUUAAGUUCGAACUGCAGUCAUUAUUAGCUUGAG